AUGAAAAAGCACUGCAUACCCUGUGGGCCUGGCAAACGAGCUUUACUUUUAGAAGAACAGCGACUCUUGCCCACCAUCGAUCGAUGUACUGCAGCUGUCACAAAGAUUUACGGCAUCAAGUACCGGGGUCCUAUUCCCCAGUGCUCCGCCAAAAGCUUGACAAGCAAAAGACACGCAUGUGGUGAGGUUCGCCCUAACGACCAGUUUAACAAUCAGAAGGCAGGUCUGUUGUGGAACUCAAGACUGUUGGACGAUGUGGAAGACGAACUCGUCUAUGCGGCCAACCUUAUCGCCGAUCAUGGCAGUGAUGUGGCGCUGUGUGUAUACGAUGCUGCACUUAAGGUG